AUGGUGCAAGCUUGUGCUCCACCACCACCAGCACCACCACCACCACCACCACCAGGGGGAAUGGCCCCCGAUGAUCCUCAAGCACGGCGAAGAGUUCAGAAGAGAGAAGUACUAAAAGAAGAACGAGCAGUACCGGAACCAUCACGAGAGCAUGAUGAGGCAGAUGGUACAGGAGAAGAGGUGCCAAAAGGACUGAAAGGUAGAAAAGAGCCACAACGAGACGAAGGACUACCAAAAACAUGA